UGCGGGUUUCCUGGUAACCGUGCCCAUGCCGACCGCCGCCGGGGAGCAGGCAGCCGGGCCGCCCUCCCCUCCCCCCAGGAUGAAUGGCUUCUCGCUCGGCGAGCUGUGCUGGCUCUUCUGCUGCCCGCCUUGCCCGAGCCGGAUCGCGGCCAAGCUGGCCUUCCUGCCGCCCGCGCCCACCUACACGGUGCUGACGGACGAGUCGAGCAGCCUGUGCAGCCUGCACCUGUCGGAGCGGGCCGACUGGCAGUUCUCGGAGCGGGAGCUCGAGCUGCUGGAGGUUUUCUUCGUCCGCAGCGGCCGCGGCAGCCGCCUGGCCUGUAUGUUCGCCCGCUGUGUGCCCGAGUGCCGCUACACCCUGCUCUUCUCGCACGGUAACGCCGUGGACCUGGGCCAGAUGUGCAGCUUCUACAUCGGCCUGGGCAACCGCAUCAAGUGCAACAUCUUCUCCUAUGAUUACUCAGGUUACGGGGCCAGUAGCGGGAAACCGUCCGAGAGAAAUCUUUACUCGGACAUUGAUGCGGCGUGGACAGCUCUAAGGACAAGGUAUGCUGUUAGUCCAGAGAACAUCAUUUUGUACGGUCAAAGCAUUGGAACCGUCCCAACAGUGGACCUUGCAUCACGUUAUGAAUGUGCAGCUGUCAUUCUCCAUUCUCCUCUUAUGUCUGGCUUGCGUGUGGCAUUCCCUGAUACCAGGAAAACCUACUGCUUUGAUGCAUUUCCAAGCAUUGACAAGAUAACCAAGGUAUCUUCUCCUGUGCUGGUAAUUCAUGGCACUGCAGAUGAGGUGAUUGAUUUUUCCCAUGGCCUUGCAAUGUAUGAGCAAUGUCCAAGAGCAGUGGAGCCCCUUUGGAUUGAGGGAGCUGGACAUAAUGACAUUGAGCUUUAUGCACAGUAUGUGGAAAGACUGAAACAAUUCAUCGAUCAUGAGAUAUCCAUCUCUUGAGGACAAUUGUAUGGAUAUUUCCUCUGCAAAUGUGAAUGGAAGAACUGAUCUGUGAAGUAAUUUGCACAUGGUUUAACUGGAUAACUAGCUUUCAACAAUACAGAAGCUACCAACUUUCAGGCUGAUUUAUUUGACCCACUGAACAAAAUCUCAGUCUUUUUAUACCAGGAAAACUCAUGUGGCCUAUGUAUCUUGCACAUGAAAUAAUGUUCACCUACUGUAAUUUUGAAAGAGUUUUUGAUGGUUAUCAACCCUGUCGUUUUGUUUCUUGCAUUCCUUAAAGUUGUAGUUGAUUCGUCAGAGGUAUAGAGUUUUUUUUUCUGGCAAAAAUUGUAUGUCUCAAAGACUUUUGAUUUUUGUUUUGGUACAAGUUCAUAAACUGGAUUUUUUUGUAUAAUAUAACAACAUGACAGGUCGUGUGAUUGUGACUUCAUAGAUAAAAUAGCCCUUCAUUGAAGGAUUAGCCCAACCAAGAUGAAGAAUGUGAUUGGAAUGUUUAUCACGUUCUUGAUAUUUCUAACAUUGCCUAAAAGUACUGUACAGUAUUUGUAAAACUCAGUGAAUUUGGAAAGAAAAUUUCCACUUCUUUGUUAAUGAACACAAGUUAUUUUCUAAAUGGUCUUAAUAUUCCAAAAUUUGUGGAGGGUUUUUCCAUGUUAAAGACGUGAAACAAUACCUCAAGUACAUCCCUAAUGGUGCGGAUCAUGGCAUGUAGCCGAAAACAUUUUUUCACCAGUGUGUAAAUUUAUGAACUAUUUUGACUUUUAAAGUUUUGAUGUGUAUUGUUUUUCAGGAUAGGUAAUGUAAUACUUUCGAUUUCAUUCUUCUCUGAAAUUCUGUUCCUAAAAUAACUGAGCUUUGGGUGUAUCUUCAUAAAUUGCAGUGUUUGUAAAUGAUGACUUUCGAGGUUAUAGAAACAUUUUCAGUUUCAAAAAGUGUUGAGAAUAGAUGCGAUAACUGCCUAAUUUGAUAGCUUUAUUCUGUGAAAUGUGUUUGAUUCGUGGAUGUAACUAUUUUUAUUCUACAUUACUUAACAUUCAACUUUUGAAAAAUCUGUUACCAUUUAGAUUUCAUAAAUUUACACAUCUGUAUUUUGUACAGGAACAGAUGUAAUUUGCUAAUUUUAGUUGGAAUAACCAGUGAUUUGAGGUUAUGAUUUUGACACUGGAAUCGCAUUGAAAUAUGCAUAAAUAAUGCAAGACAUUAGGAAUAACACUACUAAAACAAAUCAAAGCCUUAAAUGUACUGUAAGCCUCUAAUUGCUGUAUAUUUGGUUUCAGUAGUUCAUUGUUGUAUGUUGCACAUUAGCAACAAAGAGUAGCAAUGAAGGAUGCAUGGAAUUUAGGAUGAGAGUUUUAAAUUAGAACUGUUGUGUGUAUAGUAAAAAGCAACAGGAAACAAUAUCACACAACUGCAGAAUGUUAUUUGGUGUGAUUAGUCAAAACAUGUGAUUUAAAAUCUGAUUAAACAUUGAAAAUAUUAUGAAAAA